ACUGUCAAAAUUGACAAAAGCGUCUAAAUGAAAGCGAAACCUAUGUGGAUUUGAAUAGUUUUCGUCUAAGUAAAAGCGUAAACAUUUGAGUUUUUUGCAUACCCACCUAAAGGAGAUAAUUCGGCAACUUUUAAAUCACAUUUUAGCACUAGAACUGAGAAAAGAUGGAUGAUGAUGAUGAUGUACCAGCACUGUCUGCGGAGACAUUUGCAGCACUUCAGGACUUUUAUGCAGAGCAGCAGAAGAGACAGGAAAUACUUGACAAGUUACAGGCUGAGGACAAGCUGAAGGAAAACAUACUUUUUGAUGAGAAUUGGCAACUAAGUCAGUUCUGGUACGAUGAGGCCACAGUGCAGGCGCUAGUGAAAGUGGUGGACAAGGCAAUACUUGACGGAGGCAGGGUGGCACUGCUGUCCUGUCCCACACUCUUUGUGCCAGUGAAGCGGCAGCUUGGAGACCGCGCUACAGUAUCCCUUCUCGAGUUCGACCGGCGGUUCGAGGUGCACGCCCCCGACUUCAUCUUCUAUGACUACAACUUCCCUGACAAGCUGCCUCCGGACCUGGAGCGGUACGACCUGGUUGUAGCUGAUCCUCCAUUCUUGUCUGAAGAGUGUAUCCAGAAGACCUCACAGACAAUCAAACUGUUGGCCAAGGACAAGAUCGUAGUGUGCACAGGGGCGGUGAUGAAGGAAAAUGUUGAGAAACUCUUGGAUUUGCGGAUAUGCGGGUUCCAGCCGCGCCAUAGGAACAACUUAGCCAACGAGUUCGCGUGUUACGCUAAUUUUGAUCUAGAUGGCGCUUUAAGGUGAUGCUCUGGUUGGACAUUCAUUGAAAGGGUCAGAAGGGCCAGAUUGCAAAACUCAUAAGAUAUAUUUUUCUCUCCCCUUCAAAUCGUAUUCAACGUAUGAUGUUAUUGACGCUAAUACUACAGAAUACAUGAUAGUACUACCGUACAGAAAGGACACUUCCUGCAAAGCCGAAGUUUGACAGCGAAUCAGGGUCGAAUCAUGCUAUCCCUUUCUAAUGUAUGGCACUAUCCCUUACGGCUAUUUAGGGUUGUCAAAAUUCAAGUGAUUAUAUCUGUGAUCGACGAUCGUGCACCCAAAAGGACGUCAAGUGGUGCCAACCCUAAUAAUUGCUCGGAGCAAUGCUGAGCCGAACGGAGCCGAGUUUACCCGAAGUCAGAAGUGUCUCCCCACUGCUAAGCCGCAAGCUAGGCUAUUACUGAACCGGUAAGCUCCAUCUUAGGCUCUGUCAUCACUUUGAAUCGCCAGAAAGUUUAGUUAAAAAAAAUAUGUAUACGCUCUUAUUCUCUUAGCAGCAAAGUUGUUUUCAUAUAAUUUUGAAGUUUCUCCUCUUAGCUACUUCUACCGCUAAUUGUACCUUAUACCUACCUAAUUUAUGAAUAUGCAUUAAAUGCAUAGCGUAUCGUAAGUCUCACGCCAAUUUUCAUUUUUGAAUUGUUUUGUUUUAGGUAUUCCAUUACAUUUUAUGUUUAUUUAAAAUAACUGAUAUUGCAUUUAGGGUUUUUCUGUUGGACAUAUGUGGCAAUUUUAUAGUGUUAAGUGUAAUGUUUUUUUUAUUUUAUAUGGUAUGUCUUUAAACAUAUUUAUACUUAAUUUUAAGUGUCAAAUAAAACGAAUAGAUAUUAAAACACAUUGCAUUUAUUGAUCUCUUAACAAUCGCACCUUGUUACAUUAUGCUGGUUAACUCUUAAUAAACUCUCGACCGUCAAACUGCCAUACCUUACAACUAGCCGACGAUUAUACUAUUUGUUUUCUUAUAUAUUUGACUUCACUUUUACU